AUGAUGAUCUCAAGUUGUUUGAACUGUUCUCGGGAACUCCAAGAAAAUUGCUCAAAUCCACAUUCUGAUAUCGACGUGGAAACGAUGCCUGUCGAAGGGCCAGACGGACAUACAUACAAGAACAGGUUUUGUGCUUUAGGAAACGGAAUUAAGCCUGAGAACCUAAAACGUUGGGGCUACGAACUAAUUUGUAACGAGGUAGAAGCCUACAACGAAACUGAGAAGAUUCGGGCGACCGUAGACAGGUGUCUGGUGCAUCAAAGUCAAAAUUGUCAUGUCCAGGACAAGGAAUUUCUUCAGAAUGACUGUAGCUGGUACUACGCACCAUCUUUGAAUAUCACAAAAAAUCAUACAGUAUGUUCACCAGUAAAAACCUGCCUGCCAACACCCUCAAUCAACAUGACCGCUUUAAAAUACGCCGAACUCAAGCUAAAAUGUCACGCAUAUAUGCUGGUCGUUUACCAUAAUGGGAGUUUUUAUAAGAAUUUUCACUGCGCAUUGUGUUACGGGAUUGGACCUACGGAAUUAGAAAAUCCGCCAGAUAUUACCUAUAAUUAUCCCACAAUUUCGAUAUUUUUCGAAAUCCCCCAAAACAAACCAAACCGUUAUAAAGAAGCUAAUAUAAAGUAUGCCACCAAUCGUACCGCUGGGACCGUGAACCACAGCUCAAACUCCUUUGAGACAACGGAGUUUGAAAUGUACUUUAAUCUGAUUGGCGUAUCCAUUUCUAUCGCGACACUGUUGUUCUUGCUAGCUCUAUAUUCAUUGGUGCCGGAACUUCGUACAACACCAGGGAAAAUAAUCAUGGGAUUGUCCAUCUCGAUACUAAUGUAUCAGAUCGUGCUGCUGGUGAGCCCACAGUUUACAGAGAAUGCGGUUGCAUGCAGCAUUACCGCUAUAAUUCUUCACUUCGCCAUUUUAUCGUCUUUUGCUUGGAUGAGCAUCAUGAGUUUUGACGUUUGGAAAACGUUUGGUAGAAACAGUAAGUGAAACAUAGAAAUCCAUGCACCUAAUUUAGCGUGAUUUCAUAAAUUAUAUCAUAUAUGCAAUACGUAUACAGAUUAUCCAAUAUAGUUGUAUAUAUUAUCAUUUAUAAUUGUAUCAGUUGUCAUAUAAUUAUAUUAAAAGUAAAAACAAAAUAUAAUCAUAAAAAUUAUCAUCAUAAUUACAUAAAUUAUGAUAUAUAAUUAUAUAAAUUAUCAUGAUUAAUUUCUAGACUCGCAGCGAAUGACAAAGACCAGCUCCUCAUUUCUACAUUAUUGCCUUUACGUGUUCAUCAACCCAUUCAUAAUUGUCUUGACAGCGAUUGCGCUUGACAGAAGUGGAGUUAUGUUGGUAUAUUGGAGGGAUGGUAAGUCAUGCAAACCAAAUUUCAUUUCGUGGAACAUAGUUCAUUUGUGCGCGGUCACGGUCAUUGAACUCGUAUAAUAAAGCAAUCACCCAAUAGGAACAAUUGAUUUGUGCAUUGAUUUGUGCAACAAUUGAUUUGUGACUUUUGUGAGUUUGUGAAGUUUUGCCAGACCAUCAUAUCUUUACAGACUAUGUAUGAAACUAUCCUUGAGCUAUGAUAAGCCAAAACUCUGUCUGCUAACUGUUUGCAUUUUUUCUGUGAUCGUACUCCAGUCCCUUUAGAGGUAGAAUCUAAUAGAGUAGACUCUAUUUAUUUGCACCAGCAUUUAUGGUAUUGCCAUACUAUUCCCAUAUUAUAUCCAUUGUAUGGAAAUUGAAAUUAGUGCGGGAAUUGGAUUUCCAUACUAUUUCCAACCAGAAACCACAGUAAGGAUUUUGAAAGAAAAUUCCAAUAGUCUUCCCAAGUUCAAAACAUUUGACAAAAAUUUCCAGCGAAAAAGAGACCUUUAAAUUCUGGCUUCAGACAGGCUAGAGAGCUUUAGUAUAGUACUAAAAUACCGCGCAUAUUUCCAGGUGAAUCAAACUCGUGUUGGAUCGUGGACAACUUGUCCAACAUUUUGUUUUUCAAAAUGCCAGUUGGAAUUGCGCUUGGUUUGAACAUCAUUGCCUUUAUUUGGACGAUUCUUGGCAUUACGAAUGUGCGCAACGUAAGUACAUAGAGAACGUAAUCUUUAGAAUUGAUAUUUCAAAUAAGAGAGUUCACCGUAAAAGCAUGGAAGAAGAAGAAGAAGAAUUUAUUCACCCAUUAUAAAUCGUUACAUUAUUUACUUUAUUAUAAAUAUAGUAGGUGUGGGUAUUAUCUGCCCAAAACUGAAUCGUUUUGUUACUAAAACUCGAGAGCUGAUAAAUCAAAGAACAGCGGAAUCGCUCUAGUGUAAUAGCCACAUUUAAUUAAUCAGAAUAUUAGUGUGAUAUUGAAGAUUCUUAAUCGAAAGAAGAAAUUGGAGUGGAAAAUUACAGUAAAAAAUACAUUAGGAACGGGAUGAGAAAUCUGACCGUCACUUCAUAACCUUCUCCACAGUGGCGUGCUGGGUACUAUUUUUCUGGAGGGGCCAGUGGGCUGUCAACCAAUAUGCGCCCCUAUAAUGUUACACUUGAUAAACGAAGGCACGAGCCUAGUGCCGCAGGUGCGAGUCUAGGGGGGUCCGGGGGCAUGCCCCCCAGGAACAUUUUUGAAUUUAGAGUCUCUGAAAUGCCAUUUCCUGGACUUUGAGGGAAGAUUUGACAGAAAUCUGAUGGUCAGGAAACGGCAUUAUAACGUGUCGAAAUUUGCAAUUUGGUUAAGGUUUAAUUGUAGUACUUAAAUUAUGCAAUGCUAACUACUUCCAGCGAUUAAUUUAAUCCCAAUUAUGUUCUCUACAGAUCUAAUGUUCUGAGCACAUUUACAACUUAAAGCUCUUUUAUACAAUAACACGCGCACCCCACGCAUAUGCAUUUUAAGGUUUCUUUGCCUGGCUGCCCAAAGGGCAUGUUUCAGCAUUAUUUCAUUACUUACAUUACUCAUGCUUCUUGUGCAAACAACUAAAUUGCGUACACAACUUUACAUCAGUUAUCAUAACUUCAACUAUCUAAUUUGCGCCGCCCUCGUGAUUCGUGAAGCAUAAUAAAGGGCAUAUUAUAAGGGCAUAAUACCAGCAAAAAAGGGUAUAAUUCCCGUGAUCGCUUCGAUCGAAACCUGACCAAUAUUCCGGUAAUGAGACAUUGCCUGUGAUCACUGAUCAUGUUUUUAUAUGAACGAUUUCGUGUGAGCUGUGAGGUAGCAAAUACGGUUAGGCAAAAUAGUCUGUAAUUUAAUAUAUGUCGCCUAUGCGCUUAGUCUGUUUUAUACCGUAGCCUAUAAACACGUCUUUUCUUGGCGGAAGUAACCAUAUUGUUUCGAGAAUGUGUUUUUUCCCACCCACUUUCAAAAUUCGGCGCCCCAUUUUCAUUUUUGCGCCCCCCCAAGAAUUGCCAGCUGGGGAGGGCCGUGGCCCCCCGGCCCCCCCUGCCAGCACGCCACUGCUUCUCCAUUUUUCUCUUCAAGAAAACCAGCAAGUAUAAUUCAACAAAGAACCAACAAACAACAGUCACAAAGGACGUGAAGAUGUACGGGAAACUGAGUGUCGUGAUGGGAUUGACAUGGACACUGGGGUUUGCUAUGGAGUAUUCUGUGAUCGUCAAAUUUAUUUUCUUGAUCGUUAACAGUUUGCAAGGUAACACUCAAACCUUAUAUAUUUCAAUAAUUAUUAAUGCAUGAAUGAGUAUAUAAAAUUACCUCGUGCGUCAUUAUAUAUAGCAUUACGCUUUGAUCAAAAUAGAAUUGUUUUGGAAACACUAUUUUCCUAACCCACUUUUUAAAAGGUAAGCAUGCAUAAUAUUAUCUCCACAAUCAAAGUCAUGCUUGCAUGCAGCCGAAAUGGAAAUAUGUUUCUGAACUGAUUUAUUUUUUGUGGGGACCAGCUAGGAAGCAACAAUUUUUCCUAAAGCUGCAUUCCCAAUGUUCAAACUGGUUCCCACAACAUUCUGAGCACAGUGCCGUUGUUGACCUCUAGAAAUAGUGCCCUUUCUGGGGCACGGCUGUGUCAAACGUCGUGCCGGGCACCCAGGCUGAACCGCAGCCUUAUUCAGUAUAUAGUAACUUGACCAUGCAUAUACAUGGUUUUAAUUUCUUUCUUGUUUCUUAGGAUUCUUUAUCUUCCUCGCGUUCGUGACAAAUAAAAGUGUGAUGGAAAAGUGCAAGGUGUCUCGGCCUACAUAG